AUGGAAUCCCCGCCUCGACAAACUGGCCGUGUAAAGUUCUUUAAUUCAAUAAAAGGGUACGGAUUCAUCAUUCCUGACGAUCAGGUGGGCCAGCCAAACAUCGAAGAGGUCUUCGUUCACCACACGGCCAUCUAUAAUUCUGGCGGCUUUAAAAGUCUGAGCGAGGGUGAAGAGGUUGAGUAUGAUCUGGUGCAAGGUCCCAAAGGAAUGCAAGCGGCAAACGUGUCUGGACUAGGUGGUGUCCCAGUGCGUGGAGAUCCUUAUGCAAGCCUCAUACGAAACAAUGACCGAUACAUGCAGCAACAGCAGUAUCACCAGCAGCACCAACAACAACAACAACACCCUCAGCAUAAGCACCAGCACCAGCACCAGCACCAGCAGCAGCCACCGCCUCCACCGCCGCAGUUCAGUUAUAUGCCCAUACCAUAUGGGAACGUACCACAAGGGUUUCCCCAAUACGGCGGCCCUCCACCACAGUUUUACACGUCCUCGCCUCAGAUGAUGCCUCCACCGUCGUUCUAUCCGCCCCAGUUCCCGUCGUCUUCCACCACCUCUUCUUCCACAUCCAACAACAACAACAACAACGCUACUGCUAAUACUACCACUACUAAUAUUAAUCCAGAGGGAGCUGAUACCAACAACAACAACAACAGCAACACCAUGUAA